GACAGCUCUCUAGCAUGUCACAUGUGUCUGCAGCAGUAGAGCUGCCAAAGACAAGCUCUAUUUUUAGGGGAGGAAUGUACACACGGGCCUCGUGGAAAGAGACCAUAACAACAAACAGUGAGCAACACACCUCUACAAAGAGAGAGGAGCGUACAGUCACAUCGAUUUAAUGCUAGAAGAAAGAGGAAGACAGGGAAGGAGAAUGUUCAGACAUCAUAUUUGAUGCUGAGAAUUUACUUUGAACACAGUGGGACCCCCAAGAAACCGUGAAAGAACCCCAACAGCAUGGAUCAACCAGCACGUGAGGUCUACCAUUUCAAAGACAAAGAGCAGUCCUCCAACCUGCUCCUGCAGCUCAACAGACUGAGACAGGAGAACAUCCUGACUGAUGUGCUGCUGUGUUCAGAUAAUACAGAGAUCCCCUGUCACCGAAAUGUCCUGGUGUCCAGUAGCCCUUACUUCAGAGCCAUGUUCUGCAACAACUUUGUGGAGAGACAGCAGACCAAAAUAGACCUAAAGGGAAUCACGUCCACCAUUCUGAGCAGCAUUAUCGACUAUGUUUACACAGGACUCAUCGGCAUCAGCAUGGAUGACGUGCUUCCUCUGAUGCAGGCAGCAUCCAUGUUGCAAUAUGGCCGCCUUUUUGAGGCCUGCUCGAGUUUUCUGCAGGAGCAGCUUAGCCCAGACAACUGCUUGAGCAUGAUACGACUUUCUGAUAUCAUGAGCUGUAAAAGUUUAAGAGACAAAGCAAAAGAGAUGGCCAUGAAGAGCUUCUGCGACGUGUCAAUAUCUGAGGACCUGUGUGAGCUGUCUUUGCCGGAGCUCAUGGGAUACCUAGAGGAUGAUUCCCUUUGUGCAGAGGAGGAGCAGGUUUUUGAGACACUUGUUGCUUGGAUCCAUCACGAUCCUUUGUCCAGGCGAGGUGCUAUCAGUGACCUUUUCAAGAAGGUUCGCCUUCGAUAUAUCCACCCCACCUACCUCUUCCAGUUCAUAGCCAGUGAUCCUCUGAUCCAGUCCUCCACCCUCUGCACUGAACUCAUAGAAUCUGUUAGACGCCUCAUGUUCUCUGUUAGCACAAAAUGCAGUGGAGACAUCGCAGCGGACUUUAAACAUCCCUGGGUUGCUCCAAGGCGCUACAGCUAUCAUGACAUGUUGGUGGUGGUAGGAGGGAGGAAGAAUAACGAGCAAACCUCAAGGGAGGCCAUAGUGUUCGAUGAGAGGAGCCAGAUGUGGCAGUGGCUUGCUAAGCUGCCUGUUCGUCUCUACAAAGCCUCCUACGUUGCCCUACACAGUAUCCUCUAUGUCAUCGGAGGUCUGACCACAAAUCCGAAGAACAGCGAAGUCAGUAGAACUGUCUAUACCCUUUCCCUUAAGACCAACCACUGGCGGACAGCAGAGCCUAUGUUAGAGCCACGUUUUGCCCACCAGAGCGUCUCCUACCUCCACUUCAUCUUUGCCCUGGGCGGCCUUGGACCUGACAGGCGAUUGACAGGCAGCGUGGAGAGGUACAACAGUAUGUUCAAUCUGUGGGAGUCGAUGGCACCCAUGCCUGAGGCUGUACUGCACCCCGCGGUGGCCGCUACUAACCAGAGGAUCUACAUGUUUGGAGGAGAGGACGCCAUGCACAACCCUGUCAGAAUGAUACAGGUGUAUCACAUCGCCAGGAACAUGUGGUCUAAGAUGGAGAACAGAACAGUGAAGAAUGUUUCUGCUCCUGCUGUGGUCAUGGAUGAGAAAAUCUACAUCAUUGGAGGAUACACCAGGAGGAUGAUUGCAUAUGACACCAAGGCCAACCGAUUCAUCAAGUGUGCCAACCUAAAGGAGAGGAGGAUGCACCACUCAGCCACCGUUCUCAGUAACAAACUGUAUGUAACAGGCGGACGUUACAUCAAUGGCCAUGACGUUAUUGAAGACUCGGAUGCUGUUGAGUGUUACGACCCGAAAACAGACACAUGGACAAGUAAAGGGAGUCUGCCUUACAAACUGUUCGAUCACGGCUCCGUGACUCUCACAUGUGUCUCACAGACAUGGUCGAAAUCAUAAAUUAGGCAGGCAGUAUUGUUUUGUUUUGUUUUGACUUCAAUAUUUUAUAGAACAAAUGUCAUUUUCAUUUUUUAAUGUUUUCAAUUUAAAACUAAAGUAUUUAAAUGUUAUGCGGUAUUUAUUCCACGACUUUUCUGUGUUGUUGUUUAACGCCUGACUCUGACUCGCAUAAAAGAAGACGACUCUUGUUGCAUAGCCUGCUCUUAACCUGUCAUGCUUCACAAUGGGUGAGAGUGCUAUUUUCAGCCUGCUCUAAAUCCAGAGAUUUCACCUGUCAUGUUUAAAUCAAGAGGGCUGUGUACCGGUUGGUGCAACUCAAAGCUGUGUGUGCAGCUCGUAGGUUUGAGCCUGCUGGUGUGAGCAGCAAAGCCUUGGAUCAAGUUCUGUCACUUUAAUGAAAACGGUGGUGAAAUUCACGUGAUAAAGAGCAAGAGAUUGUUAAUGCAGUGCUGAAAUCAAAAUAAAAGCAUACCAGAAGGUCCACUGUUUUGGGACUUUGAGUGCCGAGCAUACUUUUGCAUCAAAUGCUGAAAUAAUUUGUUCUAAAUGUUCAUGUUUAAUGUUUUUGUACUGUUGUUUAUUGGUUUUAGCCCGUUUUUGUACAGCUUGAAAAUAAAAUCACAGUAUAUAUAUGUGGUCUUUCUUCAUCCCCACAGUACGACUCAGCAGUUCUUGGUCUGUUGACAGUGAAUCGCAAUCUGAGCCGGUGCCCUGUAUGUCUCAUCGUAUGUCUGUUUGAACCCUCUCACACUGGAUCUCAACAUGUCCAGACAGGUUCCUGUUCUCCACACACAUGGAGAUACA